AUGGCUUCACCGCAACAUCAGCAGCUUCUCUUACACAACAGUGAGGUAAGCUGUGACUCCAGUGGAGACGGGGCAGUGUCUGUCCGAAUCAGCAGUAUCAAAUCGCACAAACAGCCUCAUGGCCCCAGUGGCUUGGGUAGCAGCACCGUGUGCAGUAUAAUUGGAGGCUCAAAGCACUGCAAAUACAGCAUUUCGUCCAGCUGUAGCUCAGGUGAGUAUGGCGUGCGCAGGCCAGUUGUCAAAGGGCUGCGGUCACAGAGGAAAAUGCCUCAGCUCUUUGAAAGAUCGGCUGGGCAGUUUUGGAAUCCAAAGUUUGACUCUAACAUCUUGGAGGAGGCAUGCCGCGAGCGCUGUUUCCCACAGACGCAGAGACAGUUUCGCUAUGUGCUCUUUUAUCUGGCCACUGCCAGCCUUCUGUGGGGCGUGUAUUUCAGCGUCAGCCCUGCCCGAUGCGAUCGUGUCACUUUUUUGAUACCCACAGCUUCAUUCCUCCUCUUCUGCCUCUUGCUGUUUCUCUUCACGUUCACACAACAUUAUGCCCAACACUACAAUCAAGUCUCUCUCCUUCUUAUAGCUGUAACAUUCGCACUGACCCUUGCACCCCAGAUCCAAACACAUGGCUUCAGAGACGAGAUCAUUCCUGAUGAGGAAGAGGGAGAUGGAGGGGAAUUCAAGGCCCAAGAUGGAAGCUCUUGGACGCCGUGUCUGUCCCCAGUUGGGACUUUCUCCCUUGGCAUGGAGGUCCUUUUACUGCUCUACAGUGUUCUCCAUGUCCGCCUGUAUGCCUCUGUGCUGCUGGGACUGCUCUACUCGGUUCUCUUUGAGGCACUUGGAUGGAUGCACUUGGCUAAGGGCUCCACUGAAAAGCAGAGUUCAGACUGGAAUACACUAUGCUGGCUUGGCCCAGCCAAAGCUCUUCUGCACCUGUGUGCUCAUGCUAUUGGCAUCCACCUUUUCAUCAUGUCUGAGGUGCGUUCACGCAGCACUUUCCUCAAGGUAGGCCAGGCCAUCAUGCAUGGGAAGGACUUGGAGGUGGAGAAGGCGUUGAAGGAGCGCAUGAUCCAUUCCGUGAUGCCCCGCAGGGUGGCGGACGAACUCAUGAAACAGGGUGACGAGGAGAGCGAGAACUCAGUGAAGCGCUACUCCACAGGUGCCGCCUUGGCCUCGGCCUCAAGUCCCAAGAACACCAAACGUAAGAAGACCUCCAUCCCCCGCGGUCAGAUCAUCUUUCGUCCCUUCAACAUGAAGCGCAUGGAGCCCGUCAGCAUUCUCUUCGCAGACAUAGUGGGCUUCACCAAAAUGAGCGCUAACAAGUCGGCACACGCUCUGGUUGGUCUUCUCAACAACCUGUUUGGCCGUUUCGACCGUCUUUGUGAGCUGACGUGCUGUGAGAAGAUCAGCACGCUUGGUGACUGCUACUACUGCGUGGCUGGCUGCCCUGAGCCUCGUGAGGACCAUGCUUACUGCUGUGUGGAGAUGGGUCUGGGCAUGAUUCAGGCCAUUGAACAGUUCUGUCAGGAGAAGAGGGAGAUGGUAAACAUGAGGGUUGGGGUCCACACAGGCACUGUGCUGUGUGGCAUCCUGGGCAUGAAGCGCUUCAAGUUUGACGUCUGGUCCAAUGAUGUCAACCUGGCCAACCUCAUGGAGCAGUUAGGUGUUGCUGGGAAGGUACAUCUGUCUGAGGCCACUGCCAAUUUCUUGGAUGACCGGUAUGUUCGAGAAGAUGGAAAGGUCACAGAGAGAGUUGGCCAAAGUGUGGUGGCAGAUCAGUUAAAAGGCCUGAAGACCUACCUGAUCUCUGGGAGAAAGGUAGAGCACUCCCAGUGUAGCUGCUCUCAGCUGGGUUUGGCUGGGGCAGAACCUGGAGAGUCCCUUGGUACCACACCCAGUACCCACAGCCCUGAGCUCCAGCCUUCAGAUUCGACUCAGCCUCAAGGUCCAGACAGAGCCAAGUCCCCGUGCCUCUCAUGCAGUGCAGCACUGCUUCCUGGGGAAGACCCGCCUCUGGACGAUGGAACAGUCCAGAACGGUUGUGGCGAGGACCAUAAGAGCAGCACCAAUAAAGGUCCUCCAGGCAGGGGGGCCAAGGCCCUUAACGGUUUGUUGAGCCCCCAUCUGGAGGUGGCAAUGACCAACAGUCAGACCUCCCUGUGCGAGAUGCUGCAGGAGAAGGAGAAGAAAUGGGGAGGUGGAGGGGGCAUUGGCACCAUGGACCACUCCGCCCUCAUUCCUCUGCGCUCUAAAAACUUCAGAGAGAGGAGUGAUGCACAUUUUGUGGAUGUCAUUAAAGAGGACAGUUUGAUGAAGGAUUACUUCUUUAAGCCUCCCAUUAACAAGCUUAGCCACACCUUUCUGGACAAGUCUCUGGAGACAGCCUACCGAACCAGCUAUCAGGAAGAGGUGAGAAAUCAAGCAGCAGUCCAGACGUUUGCCAGUCCCACGUUCAGCUCUUUCCUGGACAUGCUGUUGUGCUGCUGUGUGUUCCUUGCGCUAUCCCUGGCCUGCUUCCUCAGGCCCCUGGUUACCCAGCAGCCUCUGCCCACCCCUGCCCUUAUCCUGACAGCAGUGGCUUCCCUGCUGGAGUGUCUGGCACUGGUGCUGACUGUCCGCAUGGCCUUUUUCCUGGACUACAUGUUGAGCUGUACUCGCACCUUGCUGUGGGCAGUCUCAGGAUGGGUCCCCAGACACCUGAUCCUGGCAGUCCUGGUGUCUCUCCCUGCAGUGUCUGUGUUCUCACACAUCACUUGUGACAUGAACCAGUCCAUACAGUUCACAAUGUUCACCUGCUGUGCGGUCAUCAUUGCCAUCAUCCAGUACUGUAAUUUCUGUCAGCUGAGUUUCUGGAUGCGAUCUACCCUGGCCACACUUACAGGACUUGUGCUGCUUGUUUUGCUUUGGAGCCCCCCCUGCAGGUCCAGUGACUUGGGUAAUAACAACAGCAGUGCUGCUCAGACUCCAACAGAGCCAGUGCCUGAUCUACAAGACUUGUUGGGGCCUGAAGUUUUAGUGGCCUUUUUUCUGCUGUUGCUACUUGUCUGGUUCCUCAACCGGGAGUUUGAGGUGAGCUACCGGCUCCACUACCAUGGCAAUGUAGAAGCAGACCAGCACCGUAUCAAGAUCCAAAACAUGCGAGACCAAGCCGACUGGUUGCUUCGUAAUAUCAUCCCCAUCCAUGUAGCUGAGCAGCUGAAAGUGACACAGAGUUACUCCAAGAACCACGAUAAUGUAGGUGUCAUCUUUGCCAGCAUAGUCAACUUCAGCGAGUUCUACGAGGAGAGUUACGAAGGCGGAAAAGAGUGCUACCGAGUCCUCAAUGAGCUCAUUGGUGACUUCGAUGAGCUAUUGCGCAAGCCUGCCUUUUCCAACAUCGAGAAGAUCAAAACCAUUGGCGCCACAUACAUGGCAGCGUCAGGUCUUAACACACAGCAGUGCGGUGAUCAGGCCCACCCUCACUCUCAUCUACAGGCCCUCUUCGAAUUUGCCCUGGAGAUGAUGCGUGUGGUUGACGAUUUCAACAAGAACAUGCUCGGUUUCAAGUUCAAGUUGCGUAUCGGCUUCAACCAUGGCCCGCUCACUGCUGGAGUCAUUGGCACAACCAAACUGCUUUACGACAUCUGGGGUGACACCGUGAACAUAGCUAGCCGCAUGGACACCACUGGAGUGGAGUGUCGUGUGCAGGUUAGUGAGGAGAGCUACUGUGUACUCAGCAGCAUGGACUACGAAUUUGACUACCGCGGGACUGUUAACGUCAAAGGAAAAGGUCAGAUGAAAACCUUUCUGUAUCCCAAGAGUGCCGACAGUGGGCCUGUACCGCAGUACCAGCUCUCCGUCUCACCGGAGAUCCGAGCUCAAGUGGACGGCAGCAUUGGGCGUUCACCCACGGAUGAGAUUGCCAACCUGGUGCCUGCUGCUGCUUCUGCCAGUGGCGUGGGCACAUCCUUUUCAAUUAGCUCAGAACUCACUGCGCAGGAAAUUUCUGUUAAAGAAUUUGUUGGAAAAGUUCCUUGCGGUGAGGUUUGUUCUAGCGAGACUAAAGCUGGACGAUCUACAUCUACCAGUGGGCUGCCGUCUAUACCAGAAACCUCCUUUAACAGAGCUCCUGAGUUGUAUAUGAAGCAAACAGAUGCAGUCUUGUCUGUGCCUACUCAGAAUCCCACCCAAACAGGAAGCUUUGAGUCGGAAAAAGGGGUAGCAGAGGAAGAGGAGGACAUCGGAGAGCUGACUAGACUCUAA